AGUGCGCUUGCGUUGCCUCUGUAAGCCAAGGUCGGAAACAUGGCCGCACAGUCCCUGUGGGCGGUCCCGCGGUGGGUGCAGCGCCUCCUGGCCUCGAGUGCCGCUUCUUACGGCAGGGGAUGGCUGCAUCCUUUCAGCACUGCCACGCAGAGGACCACUGGUGAGGAUUGCAGCUCUGAGGACCCUCCUGAUGAGCUUGGGCCAUCUCUGGCCGAACGAGCCUUAAGGCUAAAAGCUGUUAAACUGGAGAAGGAAGUCCAGGAUUUAACAGUGAGAUACCAGAGAGCUGUGGCUGAUUCUGAAAACAUAAGGAGGAAAACCCAGAGAUGUAUAGAAGACGCCAAGAUAUUUGGAAUCCAGAGUUUCUGUAAGGACUUGGUGGAAGUGGCAGACAUUUUGGAGAAGACCACAGAAUGUAUUUCUGGAGGAACAGAGUCUGGGGACCAGAAGCUCACUCUGGAGAAGGUUUUCCGGGGGUUGUCACUUUUAGAAGCAAAGCUGAAAAGUGUGUUUGCCAAGCAUGGCCUGGAGAAAAUGACACCCAUUGGGGACAAAUACGACCCUCAUGAGCAUGAACUCAUCUGUCAUGUGCCAGCUGGUGUUGGGGUGCAGCCUGGCACUGUGGCAUUAGUAAGGCAAGAUGGCUACAAACUUCAGGGCCGCACCAUUAGACUUGCCCGAGUGGAAGUGGCAGUGGAGUCCCAGAGAAGACUGUGAAUGGGCCUUCAAGAACUGAAUAUUCUCCCAGAGUGCAGUCACCUGUAUUUCUGUUAUUUAUUAAACUAGGUUUGUAUUGUACAUGAGGUACUUCAUGUGAUCUGUUUCGGAGUUAGUCAUAUUGGCUUUAUUUAUAAGCUGUUCUGUUGAUUUAAUGUGACCUGUUUGGUCUUAUCAGAAAUCUCGCCAUUGGGCAUUUGAACAAUGUGACAAGUGUUCCUAUGGCCUUUAUCAAAAUAUGUUUAAGAAAAUUACUUUUAAAUUGGUACUCAGAUGACUUUCAAUUCAAAACCUUUUUAAAGGUGGAAAUAAGUAUGUGUUUAUGUAUUUUCAACUAAAUGUUCCUUUCUAAUGGGCCUUAUAAUAGGAAUUAUUUAGGAUCUUGGACUUUUUAGAAAAAGAGGAUGAUAGGGUUCAACAUUUGGGUACUUAGAUGAUAAAGCUUUAUAGUUGUAUAAAUUUAGAUCAUUUGGGUUGAUUUUAAUACAUGUAGAUAUUUUAGGACUUCCCUUUUUCAUUUUAUUAUUUUCCUCUUAGCCUUUUUUUGUCCUUGUCCCUACCAAGUAGACUUCAUAUUCACACUCGCCGUCCCGUAUGCACCUCUUUCUAAUUCCUAUUUGCAAGGGCUGAAGGCCCAGGCAAGACUUGGAAAGUGGAGAACUUUAAGAAAUCUGAGUACUCAGGUACCUUCCAAGCAAGGAUGGCUGAGAAACUUUGCACUUUCUUUGCUCUGAGUUAUCUAAUUAUCUUCAGCCUCUGUAGUUAUACAAUUGCUUCAGGGAAACUGAGCUAGCCGCAACAGCUUGUGAUCUAAAUUGGUCCAUAUUGUAAUUUACCUACAGUUUCUCUUUCCAUCAGCCCUGAAGUCUGUCCCUUUGUCAGAUUUGCCUUAUCCAUUAUCAAGUAGAUUAUUAGGGACAGUGAUCAGAACAAAAAUGUCAGAUUCCCACACUUUCUCCUAAUUCCAUUUAGUUAUGCUGAGGCUUUUUUUCUUUAAUUGGUUCUCACAAAUCACUACCUCUCUUACAGCAAUGAGUUUUUUUUCCUAGUUUUUUCAAUCUGUCUUAUGUCAGCUAUGUAUAAACAUCUAGCUCCCCUUUUAAGUAUUAACCAUCUAGAGUACAGGACCUAUGUGUUGUUUUUUAUUUUUUCAGUCUUGCUUAUAGCUGAUGUCCUGUAAUAAGAUUUGUUUUAAUAAGUGAGUUUGUGAAUGAAUGAUAUUAUCAGUCAGACUUUAAUAAGGAGGUCAAUUAUGGAUAUUUUAAUGUUAAAAGAGGCCUUAGUGAUGGUCUAAUCGUUUUCUUUUAGCUUCUUCUGAAGUAUGAACGCCUAGUUUUUAGGACUGUACCCAAAGGAAAAAAAAAAUCUCUAAACCAAGGAGCUAAAUUUCAGUGAGGACUUGAAUAACAAACAGCUAGAUAUUAACUUCAGUCACUUAAAAUUCAACAGUUCUUUAAUGAACAUGCAAAUAUGUGCCCAGCAGACGGUUAGAUGUUGUUAAAUGUCCAAAUUACAUAAGUUUAGGUGUAAGUUGUUGUCAGGUGCCGUCAAGUCGAUUUUGACUUAUAGCAGUCCCGUAGGGUUUUCUUGGCUGUAAUCUUUACUGAAGUAAAUCACCAGAUCUUCCUCCCACGGAGCCGCUGGGUAGGCUCAAACCGCCAACUUUUCAGUUGUAAUGGAGCGCCAUUUGCGCCACCAGGGCUUUUUAGUUAUCCGUAAAGUAAAGCCGUUUCUAUUUCUGGAACCCAAUAGUCCUAUUCAGUGAGACAGCAGAAGUUACCCUCUUAGACAUCAUAGAUCAUUCUAAGGACACUACACAGACAAAUAAGGAGCCUUGGUAGCACAAAGGUUAAGCUCUUGACUGCUAACUGAAAGGUCAGUAGUUCAAACCCCCC